UAUGAUCCCAUCAAUCCCUGCACGAAGCUACUUACUUCCCACAUCCUCUGUUUCUUUCUCUCUCUCUAUCUCUGUGAUCAUCGAUUACCCUUUUCUCUUUGAGCAAUGGCGAUGGCGGCGGAAGACAGCACCGUGACUCUCUACAGCGGCACCACCCUCACCGACGCCAAGAACAAUCCAUUCCCAAUUAAAGUGGGUCUGGCCCAGAUGCUCCGCGGAGGCGUAAUUGUCGAAGUCACCGACCCAGAACAAGCCAAGAUCGCCGAAUCAGCCGGAUCUUGUUGCAUCGUCGUCUCCGAUCCUAGUACAGGAGGAGGUAUAUCUAGAAUGCCCGAUCCAACUCUCAUCAAGGAGAUCAAGCGAUCGGUCUCAAUCCCAAUCAUGUCCAAUUGCAGAGUCGGCCAUUUCGUCGAAGCUCAGAUCUUGGAAGCUGUGGGUGUCGAUUACAUCGACGAGAACGAGAUUCUCGCAUUCGCAGACGAGGACAAUUUCAUCAACAAACACAAUUUCGGCGUCCCAUUCGUCUGCGGUUGCCGCGAUUUCGGCGAGGCUCUAAGAAGAGUGAGAGAAGGCGCAGCAAUGAUAAGGAUCCAAGGCGAUUUAAACCUCACCGGAAACAUCGUGGAGACAGUUCGAAACGUGAGGAAAGUGAUGGGAGAUAUCAGGGUUCUAACUAAUCUAGACGAAGACGAGGUUUUUUCAUUCUCGAAAGAGAUCGCAGCUCCUUACGACAUGGUUGCUCAGACAAAACAAUUGGGUCGAUUACCGGUUGUUCAUUUCGCCGCCGGUGGGAUUGUUACGCCGGCUGAUGCUGCUAUGAUGAUGCAAUUGGGUUGUGAUGGGGUAUUUGUGGGGAGGGAGACUUUUGAUUGUUCAGAUCCGUAUAGACGUGUUCGGGCGAUUGUUCAAGCUGUAAGGAAUUAUAAUGAUUCGAAUGUGUUGGCCAAGAUGAGCUCUGGUUUGGAAGAUGUAAUGGCGGAUCUCACCAUCAAUGAGAACAGAGUACAACAACAAGAACAACACUAUGCUGAUUGAUUGAGAAACACCAAAUAAUAAUGUUAACAUUUAUAAAUGUCACAUCUUUAUGUUCAGAUUGAGAGAUUUUUUGGAUUUUUAUUUUUGGAUUUUUGCUUGAAUUGAGUGUUCUUUCUUAAUCAUGUGUAUGUGAUGUGAGUGUGUAUUUGGAUCAGAUUUUGAUUUAACCAUUCCAAAAUAUGAAACCAAUUUGAAGAAACAAAU